GCACCAUUCGACAUCAUCAUCGGCCAUGUUCGUCAACGUCCCGACCGCCGAGGAUGCGGUCGUGGCGAUGCUGCGUGAUGUCUCUCAUGCCAGAGCAUUCAUCCAAGAGGAGAUGCGAGGCGCAGACGACUCUAUCGAGAACGAACAGUCCUAUGCGCUGCAUGUCCGCGACAGAACCAAGGACGUGGAUCGACCCUCCAACGACCUGAUCGAGUCGGACCGAGUGCUUGGUACGGCGUGCAUGUGCUGGUGGGCAUUGCAGGCCACUUCCAGCUUGCCUGCGCCGCUGGCGUUGACCUUGACACGGAAGCGAGAUGUGCUCCAAGACGAUUCCGAGAUGGAGAUGUUCACCGUCGGCGACGCCAAGCUCUAUCCCGUCGCCCCGGCGACCACUGUCGACGAGUUCAUCCAAGCCACGACUCCUCCAUCAAUCGAAUCAUCGAACAACAAGAAAGCUAUACAGGUUCUACAGGCAUCCACAGACGACGUGUACUUUGGACUGUCGUCGGCCGCGCCAGUAGUGGGUCACCUGACGCCGAGCGUGCCGCUGUCGCCGCUGUCCGUCCUCAACGACGACCCCCGAAGCAAGUGGUUCCUAUCCCCAGGCGAUCUUGCCGCCAAUUUGCAUGUCGACUUUACCUCGGACGUGUAUGUCGUGUCCGUCGACUUGUUCGAAGCCGCCAUCGUCGCCGUCGCGCUCGUGUUGGCGGGGCACCCACGUGUGCACCUAUGCAGCUUUGGGUUGAGGGAAUCGUGGCCAUUGCUUCCGAGCCAUGUUACAUGCGAGUUGUUCGCCCCAUCCAGUGCCCAUGUUGCCAACAUCGACGAUGGAAGUUUUGAUAUCUCCCAUCACCAUCCCAAGCCCCAUGCCGACGACGAAUUUGUGGCGCCGAUGGACUCGAAAGCCAAGGAAGUCGUCAUGGCCGAGUACACUGCUUAUCUAUCAUCCAGCGCUCAAACCAAAGAAGACACCGAGUCGUCCACAGCGCCACCACAGGAUGACUACCACGCCGACUUCUUCACCAUGCCAUCCCCAUUAUCCAAGGCAAAGUUCCUCGACGUUGCCCAAGUGAUCUAUCAGUACUCAUCCUUGUGUCUUGCGCCAUUUGGCGUGCUCUGUCUCAAUCCGAACGUGGUCAACACGACCAUGCUCGAAGCCAAGCUCAAGGGUAGUCCGAUUCUGCAAGAAGUGGUCGAAACCGUGUCCGAUCUGGUGUACGACCUCGUCGAUCUCGACGAAAGCACCAUGGCCAUGAGUUCUCAAAAGUGGCUUCACGACAGCCGCGACGCUGACUGUGUCGCACAUAUGCAGCGCAUCCAAGAGCUGCCCCAGACCCUCCUCAAACCGCCGCCGGUGGUCGACGUCACGGUGGCGCCCGUCGACGAGCCGGCCGUGCUCGCGAUGGUCGCUACGAUCGAAGCGAGUAUUCGGCGUACUCUGGCAGCCAAAGUCCCCUGGGCCGUCACCCCAGCGGCAGCAGCACAACCGCUUCAAGUUGUGACACCUGAAUCCCCCCAACCGAUCUCAGAACUUACGUGGUACCCGUGCGUAGCCUACCAAUUGGGCUAUCGGUUCACAUCAUCUCGGUCGAAUCACCCUAAAAAGCAAAGCUCGUUGCAAGUAAAAGCCAAGAUCCAGGCUGUGUUUGAAGGCAUCCAAGCUGCUCUGAAAGCCCAGGAAUGUCCGACUUUGGAUGCGAUCCAACUGCAAGCUGUCAUCAACAGCGUUCAAUCCGACAUGAACGCUGUCCUGGCGUCGACGUUCUCGUCGCAUCAUGUCGUGAAUGACGAUGUCGCAGAUGAACAAGCCAAACCCACCGACGACGGCGCCCUUGCCGCGUUUGGCGCCAAGCUCCGCACCGGCGACUUUAGCGUGCGGCGGCUCGACGACGACGAAGCUAUCAAACGGUACACGGAAGCUCUGAACUGCCUGCCAGUCAACAACACGGCGGUCGUGGAGGCGCUCACCAAGCGAGCCAAGUGCUACGUCCGAACCAACCGUCUGGAGCUGGCGGCUGCCGAUUGCAAGCUGGCCCUCGACCUGUCGCCGUACUGCGCCGAUGCGUAUGCGGUAAAAGGCGCUAUUGACGAACAGCACAAGGACUUCAAUUUGGCGCUGCAACACCACGUGCUGGCGUUCAUAUUGGGCGGAUCCCGGCAACUCGAUGUGGCCGAAGUGAUUGAGCGUGUGUCCAAAUUAGUCGGGCGGGAUCAAGCUAAGAGUGUGUGGGCGAACAUGGCGAAGCGCCACGAACUGCCUUCUUCGUGGCUCGUGGACAGCUACUUUCAGUCGUUUAGCCGGGAUGCGGAUGCCGGCGUGAGCACCGUCCACGUCAAGAGCCAAUCAAAAUCGGACGACGCGGUUUCAAACGUUUUAAACGACGACCAGUUUGACGACUUGCUUGUGCAAGCUAUCGACCACAAACGUUCGAAACGCUACGCCCAAGCGCAAGCGCUGUUUGCUACGUUGGCGGCAUAUGUUAGUACUACUACUACCACCACCGACGACGAGCCCGAGAACCUCGACAACGUGCUGGACGGUGCUAGUACUACUACUACUACAACUAGUACAUCCACCGCCAAGAAGGUGUUCAAAACCAAGCGUGAUCGCCACGUCAUUGCACUCAACUUCCAUGCCACCUUCCUGUACAUUGCCGGGGAUGUCGAGAGCGCGCUGGCCGUCAUCGACGAGGCGCUGGCUCUGGACGACACGCACCUCAACUCGGUGGUCAAGAAGGCCGGGUUCCUCUGUGAGUUGGGCGAGUUCGAAGCCGCCGACGAGUGCUUCACACAUGCCGCGACGGUGGACGAGAACAGCGGCGACGUAUACCUCCAUCGCGGGCAGAUGGAGCUCAUCCAGGGCGACUACGCGGCCGCGGUGUCGUCGCUGCGGCGGUCGAUGACGCGGUGCGAGUCGCUGGCCGUGACCCACAUCUCGUACGCCAUGGCGCUGUACAAGGCAGGGUCGGUCUACCAGAGCGUGGAUGUGUUCAAGUCGGCGUUGGAGCAGUUCCCAACCUCCCACGAGGUGCACCUCUUCUAUGGCGACGUCCUGUCAGAUCGCGCCGACUAUGGCCUAGCCAUGGAGCACCUGAAGAAGGCGGUCGAGUUGUCCCCCGCGUGUCCGCUGCCGUGGCUGAAUGCCGGCCGCAUCUUCGUGGCCACCAACGACGCCGGCCACGCCAUCGCACACUUUGAGCAGGCGCUGCAAGUGGACCCGCGGUGCAGUGCCGCGCAUUUGGACCUGGCGCAGGUGUACUUUGCCCAAGGCAAGGUCGACCGCGCGAUGGAGCACUUUGACGUGGCCACGACCACGUGUCGGUUCCUCCCAGAAGUGGAAGACGCGUGCGCGUGCCGAAGUGUUGCGAUGAUGCAGUUGAAAGCCACGACCAUACUCGGGGUCGAGCUACGACAUCUGCUCAAAUCGCAAAAGUAAUGCAAGACAAGUCAUCAGAUUUUCAUCCUUGUUGAGAUUGUCGGGAGCUUCUAUUACUGUAUGUAGAUGAUGCUACGGCAGUACUACUCCGUCCCAAA